AUGGGUGUGGCUAGGUCAGGACGGAUGGUUGACAGCGCGUGUUUGUACAAUGGUUUUUCACGGCGCGGCCCACCAUUAGCAUUUUUGUGGGAGCGACACGUGUGUUUGCCACUAUCCACUAUUUUGAGUCUCCGCUCUGCCAAAGUAGAUGAUGCAAAACUUAAUGGCACCAAACGUCCCUUCCUCUACAGGGUAUUUUUGCCUGCAUCGUCGUCGCCUCCUUCUGUUAUGGCCGUGACGUCACAACCUUCCAACGAAUCGGAGCUUCAGCUGUACCGAGUGUUACAACGGGCCAACCUCCUUAAUUACUACGACACGUUCAUCAGUCAAGGAGGCGACGACGUGCAGCAGCUGUGCGAGGCUGGAGAGGAGGAGUUCCUGGAGAUCAUGGCCCUCGUAGGGAUGGCCUCCAAGCCCCUACACGUGAGGAGACUACAGAAGGCUCUACAAGAGUGGGUCUCCAAUCCUGUGACUACCAUGACAUCGCCAGCACCCCCGGCGUGGUCACCCCACCACUAUGGCAUGCAUGGCAACGCCCACAACCCCGGCGUGGUGGCGCCCCCCAGCACUAAGACAUCCACGGCAGCACUGGACCGCCAGGCACCGAUGGACAAAUACUCAGCCAUGUUCCAGAUUCCCCUCCUGCCCAACCUGCCGCCCUCAGUGGUGGCGGGGUUUCCUUCAAUCUCCACUAGGGGCAUCUUGGGUACGCCUACGCCCACACGCCCCUCACCGCCAAUGACCACGCCCAACAUUCAUGCCAACCACAACUCUAGUCCGGGCAUAACCAAGGACUCUAUGGUCGCUAUGAACAACAACAGUCUGGUCGGUGUGCGUGACGGACCCGGCCUGCCCUCCACCCUCUCCGUGGCGCCCACCACCUCCUCCUCCAGCACCCCCAACAUCCCCAUCUCCACCCACGGAGUAUGUACUUCCAACCCCCGCGAUGGACCCAUGGGCCUUGGGGCGUCCGGUAUGGGCGGCCCCAUGCCCAGUAUAGGCGGGACACCUAUGGGUGGACUCGGAGGGGGAAUGGGAGGAAGUUUGGGGGGGUCAAGAGGACCUUCCCCCCACCACACCUCGCCCACACACCCGGGAGGGAUCAUCACCCCCACCUCAGUCGGCCUACAGAACUGCCAUGGAACAAUGACGCCUGAUAAGAACGCGGAGUUUUUUCUUCCACUCAUGAAGUACAUAAUGAACAUGAGUGAGGACGACCCGCGUAGGAUGGAGGAAAUACGCAAGUACGCCGCCAUCUACGGACGCUUCGACUGUAAACGGAAACCUGAAAAACCGCUGACCAUGCACGAGGUGUCGGUGAACGAGGCGGCGGCGCAGAUCUGCAAGUAUAUGCCAGCGCUACUGACGCGGCGAGACGAGCUCUUCCCUCUGGCCAGGCAAGUGGUGCGAGACUCCGGCUACCCGUACUCCAAGGGUCACUCCAGCAGGUCACAGACGGUGGUGGGCCGCGAGGAGGAGCCCAGGACCAAGAGGACUAGGUCAGACUCUGGCCAUGACGCAGGUGACCUCAAGAACGACCUCCAGUGGAAGAAAAGACAGGAGCGACUGGAGGCCAUCAGCGAAGAGCUCCGACACAUGAGUGAGCGAGCGGAGGAGGUGCGGUCGAGCCUCAGUUCUGGCGGUGGAGACGUGUCCGCCCUCACCUCUCAGAUGGACGCCCUACAGUCACGACACUCUCAACUCACCCUCGAGCAGAACGAACUACUCAAGGCCCAGCGCAAAGCCAAGAGUGACCGAGUCUCUGUCUGUAGUGAGGAACGAGAACGUGGUGAGGAUUCGGACUCUCAGUUCUCCUACAGCGGCGCCAGUUCUCCCUCACAGUCGUACCUACAGCAGCUGGUGCAGGACACCCUAGUGGACGAAGGUCUACGUGUGGUCAAGGAGUCCCUAAACCAACAGAAGGACCCAGUCUCUGGCUCACGCCCUCAGGAUUCCUCCACAUACCCACGUGCCCCUCAGCAGGCGCAGCAGCAGCAGCAGCAGCAGCAGCAGGAUGGGGCCGCGGGCAAGCAUAACUCGACGGUGCCGGUAUCGACGCCCACCUCCACCGCCUCCGGCAGACUAGUGUCGCCGCCCACCACCUACUCUGAGAUGUUCUCUUACCCCGAGAAUAAGGUGCUGUCUUCGAGCCAGGGAAAUAUCAUCGCUGUAACCAACCCAGCGCUCGCAAUGUCAGCCGCCAUGGUGCCCUCACAACUCAGCGACGAGGAGCGUCAUAUUUCUGCUCUCUACACACUCAGUCAGACUGUUGGAGCCGCGGCUGCCGCCAGGGGAAACUCCAUUAAACAAGAACCUAACUCACCAGGAGCUACCAAGCAGGAAUAACUGCUGGACGGUUCAAUUACCACAGGUUACUAGACAGGGGCAUGGAGACACUCCAGAAGCUGUUGAGUAGCUCUUGAGACUCGCCCAACACUCCAGAUUGUAUCAGAGUAAUGUACUAUGGCUCCACUGCAGCCGUCACCAUCUCCUAUACUACAGUACUCAGUUCCCUAAAAGCCUUCAGACCUUUGUGACAGUAACCCACCUCUCCAUGCAGCAGUAACUCUCGGCAAGUUAUUCACAUUUCUAAACUUCACCUGACACUAGAACUCUUGGGCAGAAAAUCCAACUGCCCAAGAGUCAUCAGCCACUAAUAACUAUUGGACAAUUAUUCAGUUGUCCAAGAGUCGGCAGUCACCAGAACUCUUGAAUGGUAACACACCAGGUCAAGAGUCACCAUCCACCAUCAUCUUACAUAUUAACUAAUGAUCUAAGAGCCAGUUUAUUGCCUUACAGCCACUAGCCCCCAGCAAAUCCUGAGCAGUAACAAACUUUUCAAGAGCCACCAGCCUCCAGUUAUACCUGAACAGUACCCAAAUGUUCAAGAGCCACCAGGCACAAGCAACUCCCGUGAAGUAAUCUUUAAGAGCCACAAGUCAUCAAGAACUCUUCAAACAAUAACCCAAGUCAACCAAGAACAACAAUUACUGGUAAGCGUUUGAACAAUAGCCCUAUUGUUUAGCAGCAACAUCAGACCACUCAUUAACAAUAACCAAACGUUCAAGGUACACCAACCAACAUCACCCCCCCCCCCUCCUACCCUACCCAAAAGCUUUUCAGAUAUGCACCCAACUCGCCGCUGCCAAGAAGGAAGAAAUGUCAGUAACUCAACGAUCGAUGAUUCAACUUUCAAGAAUCUCUCACACAACUUUAACUCAACAACUCAAAAAGUGUAGGAUGUUAGUGAAUCUCCAACAGCAGAAUAUAUUUAACGAGACUUUUUGACUUAUUGUAAGGAUUCUCUUAACUGGUGACGUGUGAGAACUCUGGUAAUAGAAGGACAAGUUAAGACGUUACGCUACCACCUCAUAGUUAUACUUAGUGAGAACUGUUCUUUUUUUAAAUGUCAGUCUUACAUUAUUACCAGGAAAGAUAUGUUUUUUUUUAAUUAUUCCUGACACUAAACGCAAGAUUAUGAUUAUAUUAUUAAGUUGGUACUGUUAGGUAUUUGGUAACCAAUACUUUCUGACGUCCCUUCCUGUCUGGCGAGUUACCAAGAGUCUGUAAGAGUUAAAGAGAGAUUAUAGUAAUUCAUAAGGAUACGCUGAUGUGUUUAUUUUGUUAUCACUGUAAUAGUUCUUUUCACUCUGUUGUUAGUGAAGGAUGUGUGUAGUGAACAUAUGUCAAGACAACCAGUAAUAGGUACUGUAAUUAAUCCUGUCAUUAAUAAUAAUGUAAUCUGCCCUACACAUGCCACUGUAAGUCUAGACAACCUCAAAACACUGACCAUUUUAUAUGAAGUUAAUACAGACGAGCACCAGAGCUGAUAAAUUAGUGAACGAAACUUCUUGAGUUACGAACCAAAGAAUAAUGGGGUUGAAGUUUCCACCUUAGGUUGAAGAGUAAAGAGAACCAGGAUGGAAGCUGGGAGUGUUUCAGAUGGUGGGCAUGAAGUAUCCAAACCUAAAUGAAUCCUUUAUAGUACAACUUCCACAAACUAAAAUUUCAAUUAGCUGCAAAUCCGUGAAGGACUGGCGACCUCUUAUAAAAGACAGCCGGCAGCUUUUCCUAUUGACUUCUACCUAAAUCGUGUUUCUUUUUUAUCUUAAUUUUAAUCCUUAUCCUAGUCUAGCCCUUUUUUUAUCGAAUCCACAAUUGAAUCCAAGUAGCUAUUUUAGGUUCCGACAUUUUCUUAGUUUUGGGUAACACAAAAUUUUUGCAAAUUUAACAUCUAAUGGAACUAAAAUACUGACACUACCGAGGCAACUGUUCAUAAAUAUUGCAUGACCUUAGACUAACAUAUUGAGAUCAUCUGAUUAACCGAUGCAGAACAACUUGAGUCUCUCUUGGGAUGUUUGUGGACGCUUGCCUCCUGCAGCUGCUACGACUACCAAGCCAACUUGUUGACAAUGCACUGAUAACCUACUAACUAGACAGGGUGAAGGGCACGGUGGACUGUAGGUUUAUGAAGGUCUCCUUCAAGAGACUACGUGGACACACUCACACUUUAUCCCACACUCUGAUAUAAACCUUGAGGUAACAUUCGAGCCCAGAGGCGUAUUAUAUCUGACGACGUGAGGGUCGCCUUGAGGACCACUGGACAAUGUUCACUAGGGGCUUAACUGUUCUACACCGGGUGAUGCGUUAAACAUGACUCAGGGUUCUCUACAGGAUAACAAGUUGACUCACGGAGGUAAAAAUUUAAACGACAGUCGUAGGGGUGACUUAGGAAGGUGAUAAUCGAAACAGUUAUUAUCCUUAAUAAAGUAAUAAGACUCAUUACGAAGAGCUAAUGCCAGUGAUAUAACUUAUAGAGUACUGUAGAUUUUGCGAAUUUGUUAUCUACAUAAAAUCAGGAAUAUUGAGUAUCACCCGUCUGCUUAGAGCUACCACGGUGUAGUGUUAGCAGCCAGUGACGCGCGCCUUCAGGUCCACCAUAAAUAAUUCAGAACAGUGAGGAUUCCUAACACAUCUUACUUCAACACACAACUUAUCAUUACAAUUCUGGCAUGACCUCACAUGACCUGUCAGCCGCUCUCUGUGUCUUGACAAUGACAAAUCAAAUUGCUUCUCGUGACAGUCUGAAUCCCCACGACCAUGCGUCAGGUCUACCAGUCUCCACAUUAACUCAUAAUUUAUGAUAUAAAAGUUCGCCGGAAAUUGAAGAGAUGUCUCGUUUUUUCUCUGCUACGUGUCAACAAUUUUACUACAAUUUAUAAAGUAAAAAAUUCGGAUUCACCAAAUAAUCUUCUUUACAUGUUCGAUAUUGACUCAAUUUUCAGAGUUUUUCUUAUGAAUAGCAAUAAGGUAAUAUUUCUGUCCCUCAUAAAACCAUACAAACUGACUCAUUGGCUAAAUGAGGCGACCUUCACGGCCAGGCCAGACAAACUCUAUAUUUAAAGAGGAACAGAUCAAUAGUCACAUGGUUAAGACCCUCCAGUGUGGUGUGUGGUAAUAAGAGAGGACCUUGUGUUAUUGUUUUCUGCAUCACUGUAGGUUUCCGUCAUAGCUGAAGAAUCUCUGGUAUGGGAAGCCUCACUUUGUCAGAUCUCUGGGCUUACUGACAGUGAUGUGAGAGUCGACUGUGAUAUGUGUGCAAGCUGCCUCUGCCUCCCGGGGUGAUGCGGGGUUACGGCCGCUCCCGGGGACUCAGCUUACCCGUCCAGUUCUUGGCUAAGUUUAUUGCUUGGAGUCACUUCACUGAAUUAACCGUCGUUCUUGUUCAAAAUGCGAAUAAUAAUUCAUGUAUUUUGAAACGUAAGAAAACUGACUUGGAAAUCUUUCCUCUCACGAAUCAUAGAUUAUUUUAUUUUUAUUUGCCAGUUAUUUUCUCUCCAUCUUAAACACUAAGGAUGUAUAUUUCGACUUCAAGCUCAAUAAUCUUACGCCCAGUUCUGGAAUUCUGAGCUGAGCUAGACAGCCAAUAUUUGCUUUUGCAUUUGUGAAACGUAGGUGAGAGGUGACUCCUAUAGUAACUUUAGAUAUUAGACUCAUGUAAUUUAGUUGACGUGGCUUCCUACGUGGAGCCCAGUUGGUGUACCUGUCUGCAUUUGUCACGUGGUGAGCAACAAUAAAGCUCUACGUCCUCUACUACUAAGGCUGCACCUUAAGGGCAGCACAGUCAUAGAUUGUUGUUUUGUGUAUCUUUUUGUUAUUUCUAGGUUGAACUGUACUGUAAGUCGUUUUCCAUCUUGAAAGUGAAGUAAUAACAAGAGUUAGUAAUUUUCCCCUAUGAUAGAUGGAGAACUGCUAGGAUUAUAUACCACUUGUUUACUGAUACAAUGUUACAUUAUAAGCUAAAGUGCAAACAAGGAGCUACAAUGUGUUGUGCAUUUAUGUUGUGUUUCUUUUUUUCUUCCUUUGUUUUAAUAAUUUGUAGUGUAGGUAUGUCCUCGGCCCUGUGGCUCUCCCUCCCCUGAGCUCUACGCGAAGGGAAAAUUCCCCCCAGGACCCCAGUCACAUAGGAACGCUUCUAUUGGACAUAAUCACUACUAACUACCUGUGAAUUACACUGCAGAUGAUGUCACAUUGAUUUUCAUAUUUUGCAGUUUUAAUGAACGAGUCAGAGGUGUUAAACUUGUGAGCUAGAACUGUGGUGGUAGAUCAUUGAAGCUCUGUCAUACCUAAACAUCUUAGUUAGUACAUAUUUUUUAUAAGUAGAAUGUUUUGAGUAUUCUUGUAUCUUGGCUGCAGAUCGUGGCACGUGACACUUGUACUCCGUGUUUGUUAUGUUGAGGAAGGCGUGAGGAGGGAGGGCACACUACUGAAGGAACACCUCUUAGUGUUCUAGACUGUCCCUACAUUGUGGUUCAGCUGCCUCAGUCUUUGAUUAAUUGUAACCAUCAGCGAACGACAUUACUGCUGUGGUUUCAUUUUCCACUUUUUAACAUUCAACUUCAACUGAAUGUUAAUUGAGCCUUCACGACACUCAUGAAUGGUAAAUCUAACACAGUCGUGGGGAUUUUCUUGUAUCUGUUGGUUUAUUGUAUUGUCGUAAAGAAAUUCUGGCUGAACUAAAUAUUAAUGAGCUGAUGUGAUUGUUAAAAGGUCAAGAAAUUUAACUAAAUUAAACAGACAUAUUUUUAAUGUGAAAUUUCUGAACUAUUUCAAAUGAUGUGAAGCCAUAAUGGAGGUCUUUAACUUCUCCUUAGUUUCACGUUUCUCAAUAUUGUAGACUUUAUUAAAAUAGCUUUUCCUCCAACUAUUAUCAUAUAUUUUAAUAAUAAUUUAGUUCUGUAUUACCUCUGGUGCUGUUCUUGUGGUCCAAAGUGACUCGUACCAAACAAGUAAUUAGUGUUGCCAACAAGCCAAGGUAACCCAGCAUUUACUAAACUAUCAAAACACAAUAAAUGUCUCAGGUGGCAGCCACCAGCUUCCUCGGCCAUGUGUGACUUGUAAACGAGUUAACACGGUGUCUCUCUCUCAGUCUCUGUUACCUCACCGUUGAUGCAGCAUUAAGUUGCUUAACUUUUGUAACGGUCAUCAGAAAAAUGUUUCGUUAAAAGUACAUGUAAACAGUUCUUCACAACAGUAUCCAAGAAAUACUUUACAAACAACAAUUGUCAGUGUAUAUUUAAGUAACGUAUGUCUACCUAUGUUUACCUAAAUGUUGACAAAAUGGGUAAAUAACAAUAAUAGCCUUAAAGUUCAUUGAAUCUAACUAUUUUGUUAUUGUAAUACUUGCCAGCGUGGAGAGUAAGGACCCAACACACCUCGCUCUUGUGACAGACCGUGGCACCUGUGCAGCCACCGCUUUCCUCUUUAUUUGAUCUUGCCUCCUCCUCUUGCUCUCUCCCUGGGCCCUCUUCUCACCAGUCUCACAGAGUGUGGUAGCCUACGGACAACUGGCCUGGGACCCUGGCCCUAAAUGUGCAAUAGAAAGGCGAGUUCAUUUCCUCUCUUACUCAUUAGUGGAGGACGAGGAGUGAAACAAGAUGGGAAAUAUGCCAAUGUUGUAGUGAAAAGAUGUGAAGUGAGUGUGUGAGGGGUGAGCCACGUCUUUUCCAAGACUCGAUGAACAAGAGAUGGUGCGACCGCUGCUGACGUCCCGCCCACAAGAAGCUACGGCUGUAAAACCAGUGGAGGUAGCCAAUGAUAGUGACGCAUUGCCAAGUGUGACUGACCGCAUAUUACUGGAAAAGUCCCUGUAAAGUGAUCUGUUUAUACACAGCGUUAAGGUGACACAAGGCUCACUGUACAGUAAUGGUUCGAGACUUUACUGAGGAACAUAACCUGCGAGUGUCAACUGCGUGAGCUUAUAAUGUGAGAGUUCUGAACUCUGGAUUUCUUGACAAUGAAGAAUCAGUUUUCCUCGAUUGAUGUUCAUUGUAUUUUUGUAAUUCUCCUAAUCUACGUACGCCUGUUUAAAGCUGUGAAGACUUCUGAAUUUAUCAAACUAGAAGAAAGAAAGUUUGUUGUGAUGCAGUAAGAAGUCUUCGGUGCUGAAGGACACUACAAGAAAUAUGGCUAAAACUGCUAGAGUUAAUUUGUACUUUUUUAACUGUGUGUUUACCAUCGCGUGUUCUUGUACAACUUGUGAGGAAAAAGAUAAGUUGUUGACAAUAAAGCCAUGACACGCGAAUGUUUCUGUUCUGUAGUCCGAACAACAGUUAGGUACUCGACGAAGGGCUAUACCAUUAAUCACUAUAUUUUAUUCAUGCUUAUUUAAAUUAAUAUAAAAUGUAUAAAUUAAUUGUUAUCAUAGCAAGACGUAUUUUCACCGUCCUUCUAAUCUGACAUUACAAUCUUUGGUUGUCUGAUCACAAAAUGAUUUACGAUCUUACUAUCUUACUCGCAUUGUGAAUACCUCAAUUAAGAAUACAAAUUAAGUGUAAGAGAGAAAAAAAAUUGUUAGAGUUUUGAAGACUUCAAUAAUGGUACUGUCCUUCUUUGACAAAUGCUGUAAACAUGAUGUUAUCUGUUCCAUCGCCGGGGUUUUUUUUAAGGAUUUCUCCUCAACCCGUAAACACACUUCACUUGGGCGCUUAUCUCAGUGUUAAUUUGUUGUCAUGAGAAACAUGUGAUACGCGACCUCUUAUAAUACUGUAGAGCGGUUGUCUGAGAUAAUUUUCUCAACUGCCGCCAUUGAAGUGCGUUUCAGUAGCCAGUCGUGUAAGUCAUGUAGUGUUGACACAAAUGAAAAAAAAAACUGUACAUGGAACAGAUUAUCAUGACAAUAUUUUUGAAUCGUGCUCAGUCAAGGCCUCUUUUAUUUUCUUAUUUGAAAAUGUGAUAUAUUUAUUAUCAUUAGAUCAGUGCUUGGGUUCCUCUGAGACCUUAAAUGUUCAAGAUGUGAAUAUUCUCCGCAGUAUGAGAAAGCUCAGAACAUUAGAUUAAUCUCACUAAGCACGCUUCGUAAAUAUGAUGUUAUGACUGAAAUUCUCAAGUCUGUUGUCACUUCAAUUGUUUUGUUUCUUGAUAAACAUUGGUAGAAAUAUUCUGAUCCAUGAUUGGCUUCCGAACUGCCUUGGGUGAUGAUAGGGAACCAAUCAUAGAUCAGAAUCAUCUUAAGGCCAGACUCACUUGGGAAUUUGUGCCAUAAGUCCCAUGUGCCGUUAGUUAUAUUAGUUCCCCCAGGCACGGUUCACGUUACUUGAUGUCAGCUGUGUGUGUGUGCAGGUGACGAGGUAAGCGAUACUCCUUUCGUCUGCACUCUUGUAUUUUUCUCGUAGGUGAGUGAGUAGUGUAUUGUGUACAGUAUAUGUUUUUAAUUACUAUUCAGUUCUUCGCGUACAAAUAAACCUAUCAUUGCCAUGUUGACAAAAACCUCGUGAUAUUCGUUUUGCUUACCUAGAUAGCCAAGCCCGUGUAGAAGGCCAGAAGUCGCCUACGUCGCCACAACUCCUGCCUCACACACCCACCAGUUCCUCAAAUACUGAACUCCAGAUGAUGACUGAAAUAAAAACACUGAAUAUUCUCUUGUGUUAGAAAUAUCAGCAAACCUGCGAACGUUGAGGGCGGCCUGCACUAAGUCAGGAACCUAUGAGUUUACCAGAGUUGCAGACUGUGUCUUGUGGCGUCUUGAAUGUAUUUUAGUUGUCAGAUUACAUGGAGUGUCCGGCUUGUUUUUGCGUCCAACGAUGAAAAUUGGUUGGGUGUCACUGUCUGUUGUACGUUUCUAUAAUCAUUCUUUCCAUUUUCUCAGACAUUAGAAUUACUGUUAUACGAAAAUUCUGUUGGAAAACAAUGACAUCAUCGCAUCAAGUUUUUGUUCUGAGCGUGUCCGGGGCAUACCAUGAGCUGCCAUGUCAUAAACAGUUGUACACUCAAAUAUAAAUGAAAUAGAUCUGUAAAACAUUUUUAGUUAUAGAUAUACCUGAUUGAUUAUUUUAAUUAUCUGUUUACUAUCAUCUAAAAUAAAUAUCUAAUUUUAACACGUAAUGCAAGUGUUGUUCCAUUCUCGGGUUAAGAACUCCUGCCAUCAGCAGAGGGAACAACUGGAAAUUUCGUA